UAACGUAAAAGUGAAGAUAUCUGAUGAGUCGGAUCGGAAAACAGGUGUAUCAUACACCGACACACACGCAAUAAAAACCUCCUCACUCCCCGCCGCCUUCUUCUUCCCUUCUCCGAUCAAACUACCCUCCCAUCCUCCAUUUCAUCUUUUGCUUUCCUACAAUCUCCCGUCCUUCUUCUCUGAUUCCUCUCACUUAAAUUCCAUGGCUCUCAAUCUCAUCGACCGGACUGAUCUCUGGAAGAACAAGGCCCGCUCUCUCCAACUCCGCCUCAGGGACCGCUUCCGUGUUGCAGUCGAUAAUCAUCGCCGUAAACCUACCAUUUUCUCUGAUGGCUACUUCUCCUUCACCCUCCGUCUUUGGCUUCAGCGGUUUCGUGAUUUUCGCCAUGAUUUGCCGUCUUCCACUGUCUUUUAUCGCAAGCGAGUGGGCAAGGAUUUUAAUGAUGGAGAAGAAUCGGCCGUUCUUCGUAUGCUUCAGGCUGUUGCUGUUCCUGUUCUUGGAAAUGUUUGCCAUGUGUUUAUGCAUGGUUUGAAUCGUGUGCAGGUCUACGGUCUUGAGAAACUACACAAAGCUGUGCUGCAAAGACCAAAGGACCAACCUCUUGUUACAGUUAGCAAUCACGUGGCCUCUGUAGAUGACCCUUUUGUAAUUGCAGCACUGCUUCCUCCAAGUGUACUUUUUGAUGCCCAGAAUUUGAGAUGGACUCUAUGUGCAACAGAUCGAUGUUUUAACAAUUCUGUCACUUCUGCAUUCUUUAGUACUGUGAAAGUGCUGCCAGUUGCUCGUGGUGAUGGUAUUUAUCAGAAGGGAAUGGACAUGGCCAUUUCAAAACUAAAUCAUGGAGGCUGGGUUCACAUCUUUCCAGAGGGAAGUCGUUCACGAGAUGGUGGAAAAACAAUGGGUUCUUCAAAAAGAGGUAUUGGAAGGCUGAUUCUAGAUGCGGACACCGUGCCUACAGUUAUCCCAUUUGUUCACACGGGGAUGCAGGAGAUCAUGCCGAUUGGAGCUAAAAUCCCCAGGAUUGGAAAGACGGUGACAAUUCUUAUAGGUGAUCCCAUUGAAUUUGAAGAUUUACUCAAUUCUGAAAGUGAACAAAAGUUCUCCAGGGGGAACUUAUAUGAUGCAGUCGCUUCAAGAGUUGGAAAUCGGUUACUCGAUAUGAAACUUCAAGUAGAAAAACUAGCUAACGAUCGUGCAUUGGAUAUGCAAAAUCAUUCAAUGAGUGGCACAGAACGAGCAGCCAUAAUGUUACAGCAAAUUGAUUGGGAGUCAUUUGGUAUUGGGAGCUUUACUUCCGUCGACUACAAUUCCCCCACCAAGCAAGAAACUCAAACACAGUUCGAUUUGGAUGUUCCCGCAGAACAGCAACCUAUUUCUGAUUGGAAUUUCAGAAUGCGUCUUUCUCGAGAAGGUGGAUUCAUAUCAAGAAUGCGUGGUUACAUCGACCCUACCGAGUUCAUGAGUUUUGCAGCAAGAGGCUUGUUCAGGAAUCAUAAAACAUUAGGAAACUCUGAAUUGGACAAGGCAAAUCGACCACUGAAGGCAUGGAAACGAUUUGUAGAAGCCAAUGUGAUGAAACGAGGCAGUGGUACUCCCAUUAACAUUGCAAGUUACAACAAUUUGACUGUUUUAAUGAGAUGAUACCCAAAUUAUCAACCAUUCAGUUGGCCCCUCUUGUAAAAAGAACAAUCAACACACUUAGCAUCAAGAUCAUAGGAUUUCACGGACGCAAUUGGAGCAGAGACCUACCCCUAUAUUUUGUGGAAGGUGAAAAGUAAAGAGAGAAGAAUGGUUAUAUGAAGCCCCACUUGUUGUGAUGGAAUCUGUUUGCCAAGGUAAAAGAUGAAGCUUUCCAAUUUUUGCUACAUUGGCACUCAUUUUAUUUAGUUUAGAUUAUGCCUUUUCCACUUUUUCAUGCCAUGUUGUGUUGGCUUGUUUUGUGAUGGUAUUUUGAGAGUUGAGAGGACUCAAGACUUUUGAGUGUAAAAAGUAUUUCCAAAGUCUUCUGUCCUGUGGUACAGUAGUCAUAAUGUACCCAAUAAUAAUUCUUCAUAUGCUGUUGAUUUUUGUGUUAUAA